AUGGCGUUCAUGUCCCGGUUCUCUCGGUCCCGGAGCAGCUCCAGGUCUCCGAACCGAAAGGACUCCGAGCGCAUCUCCCCGAACCUGAGCGUCUCCGAGCUGGAGAGGCUCCUCUACACGGGCAAGACAGCCUGCAACCACGCAGACGAAGUGUGGCCACGACUCUAUAUUGGAGACCAGGAUAUUGCAUCAGACCGGCGUGAGCUGGCCAAACUCGGCAUCACACACAUCCUCAACUGUGCCCAGAGCAAGUGGCGCAGUGGAGCCGAGUACUACGCCGGGAUGAACGUCACCUAUCACGGCAUUGAGGCUCACGACUCCCCCACCUUCGACAUGAGCGUCAACUUCUAUCCUGCAGCUGAGUUCAUCCACAAAGCUCUCACGAGUGGAGGUAAGGUGCUGGUCCACUGCACGGUGGGAGUGAGCCGCUCAGCCACUCUGGUGCUGGCCUACCUGAUGAUCAGACAAAACCUGACGCUGGUGGAAGCCAUCAAAACAGUGAAGGACCACCGUGGCGUCAUCCCCAACCGAGGUUUCCUCCGCCAGCUCAACGGCCUGGACGGCAUCCUGAGAGAGAGCCGUAAGACGUCGCCGCAGAGCUGA